GCGUGUGUGUAUUGAACUUUAGCAGACUGGAAUUACAACUUCCGUAGCUGUGCGUGCAUAAAUCCGACAAAAUCAACUGGACGUGACUGAUAAGACGGACUACAUCAGAAUUAUUAGUAUUGAUUAUCCUUAGUGUCGCGCGAGGACGGCUUGCCGACAGGAAGUGAAGCGAAUGAACAGUGUGAUCGUUCCUCGCAAUUUUUUCGUCGGCACUGGAGCUGCAUUUUGUCCGCUUCACGCGUUGCCACUGGCCCGAGGUUAAUUUAUACUGGGGGAAACUUGAGUGUCGUGCGUCGGCGACGGACGCGAGAGGCAGAGAUGAACUAAGAGGGUUGCGUGCUGGCGGCGGAGGGCGUAUCGCCGCACUGGAGAACGGCGCGCCAGAUAAGCGGCUUUGAUGGUGUGAAUACGGUAUUGGCGCAGUUGAUCAGUUACGGGAUUGCCGUCACGAGGAGCGGACGUCAGGAGAUCUGCGCUUGUGCGGCCAACUCCGGCCACGAGGCUUAUUCUUUAGACACGAACUAUAGCAGGCGACUAGGUCGCACCCAGACUUUACGGACAUGGGUAAAAGUAAGAAGUCCGGAUUGGUGACACAAGGAAAAAAGAAAAAGAUAGCUGUGGAUGCCGUGCUCUCAUCUACGGAAUCUGAGGGCGAGGACAGUGGGUCGGGCAGCGGUCGACCCGGGGGGAAAGGUGGGCGGAACGGAACUAUCCGGCAUGUGUAUACCACAAAUAGUGACAUGGAGUGUAUCGAGGAAUACUUGAAGCCCGUCUAUAAAGACGGAGAAGUGAUCUUAGAAGUGGAGUGUGGCUCCAACAAAGCCAUGAUGUACUUGUCAAAACUUUGUCAAGGGAGCAAAGGUCCUUGUGUUCAGUUUCAGGGAUCGUGGCUAACCCCCAAUGAGUUUCAGUAUGUAAGCGGACGUGAGACUGCCAAGGACUGGAAACGUUCAAUUCGCCAUCAAGGAAAAAGCAUGAAACUGUUGCUAACGAAAGGGGUUCUGUCAGUACAUUCGACUGUGUGUGACUGCGAUGGCUGUCGUCUCACGUCGCCUGUGAAUCGCUGUCGACUGGCUGAGAAGAGGAGGUCGGUGUACUCGACAAACAGAAAAGAGCGCCUCACAUUAGAGAGUUUUACAUCGUGUGAAACGUCUCUGAGUGGAACACCCGACAUUCACAACACGACUGAAGAACAGAACGAAGCAACGGAUACAGACACGCCAAAAGAGGACCCACAAACGAAGAAAGCUUCUGCAAAGAACUGCAGCCCUUUGAGAGAAUCGAGACUAAGUAACAUUAUUGACCAGCUGCGAACUUCGAAGGAGCGAGAAACGUCGUCAGACGUACACGGGUGUAAAAAUGAGUUUUGUGAAGACGAGAAUCGAACCCGUGACGAGAACGGUAAUGAAGGGGAUGACGACACGGACGUGGAGCAUGGAGGGAGUUCUGAAGAGGAAGGUGUCGAGCCAGAACCAGGGACAGAGGCGGGACCAAAACCAGUGCCUCAUACACAGACAUCCAUUCAGGAUAUGGAGACAGAGAAUUUACUAUCGGUAACCCCGACAGAAAAGUCCGCGACUUCUUGUAAGGAUCUAGACGCGGAGAAAGACGACAAACCAGCGUCUGAAGACAGCGAGACAAGCAAGGCAGAGGAGACGUCAAUUGAUGUUACACAAACCUUAGAAUGCAUUCCAGAGGACACAGUGAAGCUUUGCAAGAAGAAUGAUGACAAGUGCUUGGAUACAAAGGUGGAAACUGUGAAGCUAGUAGAUGAGAAAAGUGAACCGUUUGAAAGUAGUAAAACUCAAACGAAACAAAUUCUUACGGAGAAAAUUCAAGAUGACCAGCUCAAGCCUGCAUUGUCCAAGCAUAUUUCAGAUCUACCAGCUCCAACUGUAGAGACAAUACCAGUGAACAGUAAAGAUAUUACUAAAGACUCCUCUUCAGACCAUCAUUCUGGUAUGCCAGCAGCAACAGUGUCUAUGAGAGCUGAGAAGAAAGUCUCAGCAGAGUCAAAUGCAGGUGUGAAGAAACUUAGCGAGCAUAAACCACCAAAGGUUCCUGCAUCGUGUGCCAGUCGCAAGGACAAGCGCGAAGAUAAAGAAGCUAAAUCUAGAAGUAUUCUGGGGAAGAAGUUGACUCCAGCCGCACCCACACAAGAUUACCCCGCCUCCGUGUCCUGUCCAACAGCCCUGCCGGCCAGUGUCCCUGAGCAGUUCUUCUCAGGAGAUGUACCUGGUGCUAAAUAUAGUGACUUCAUCCGACUGCUGGCCGCGUCACAUCUUGGGGGUCACAUACCACUGGCACCAGAUCGACUUGUUGGUGACAAUCUCCAAGCAUAUCCGCUGGCGUCAAACUUCAGUGGACUGCCUCACCCGUUUCCAGCCUACCCAUUCUUUCCACAUCAGUUACCCAUGAAGGAUACGCCGCCCUUCCAGUUGCCCCCCAUGUCUAUCCCACCGCCCUUCCUUCCUCCCUACAUGUAUCGACCAUUUGGGCUUUUGCCCCAUACUUUCUUAGACCCGGCCAAGUAUGCCCACCUCAACUCUGUGCCAGAGGCUUUUAGGCCGUCUCCCAAUGACAGUGCGGCGGACGCGCCACGUAAAAGACACAGCGAUUCAGACAGUGCUUUAGAUUUAUCAACAAAACGGUUUAAAUUCGACGAUAGGCUUGUUUCGCCACCCGGAAGUGGCUACCAGCUACCCAGGAAACCCUCGUCUCAAACCUCUGCGUGCCAUAAAGACAAAAAACUGUAUGCCAAUAGGCAGGGUAGAGACAGCCCAAGUUCAAGCAGUACGCCUGUUAAAGCCAUGGAAUUGGCAGACUCGUACCUGAAGACUGAUAAAACAUCGGAGAAGUCAAGCAGUCGGCGAGAGUGCUCCUGCCUCGGUUCCAGGAAAGAUGACAUUCGAUUGUGGUCAGUGACGGAAGUAUGCCAAUUUCUCAAGACCCUUGACGGUUGUUCAGUCUACGCUGAUACUUUCCGAGAACACCGGGUUGACGGGAAGAGUUUACCACUGCUGACUGUGGAGCAUUUAAUGCAGAAUAUUGGUAUGAAGCUUGGACCGGCAGUAUUACUUACGAAAACCGUGGCCAAACGACUCAAAGUCUCCAGACACGCUCACAGGAAGUGCCAGAAAUGCGAAAGCAAACCGUCGGGUUUGAAGACACCAAUAACAUGCAAUAUCGGAAUGGGGCGAGUGUUUUAAUACAGUUCCAAGUGCUAUUGUAAGACAAUAGAACAUGUUGUGUUGACUUUGUGGCUGUGGUGAUAUGCGCUACAGUAUUGUGGACCAGCAUGGUUGACAGACUUUACCAUAAAGUGGUUGGUUCAUGAUGACGUUACAUCUGAGAUGGACCUGCCGUCAUGGCUUGGUUGACAUUCCCGUGAUCGCGACCAGUCAGUGUCAACUCUCGUAAUCGCUGGAUUAGAACAUGUCAACGUGGGCUGACAGUCCCUAGACAUACGGCCAGAAAGACGGAAGCUUUCCGAGGCGACAUCAUCUCAGAACAAUAAACACAAGCCUUACCCAGUUGUGUAGCCGAAUGAUUCUGUGGUGAACAAUGUCUAAUUUAUUUCGGGUUUUGUUAUUUACUAUUAGACUGCACCGUGUAGAUAACUGCACAAAGUGUUGGCGGGGAACAGUCAUAUCCUGUUUUGUGAAGUUAGUGAAGGCUAUAAUUGUGACCACCAUGUAAUCAUGUGAUUAGUAAUGCUAUAUACUAAGUGGUUGUCCUCAUACGUGCUCCAGUCGAUUUGAUCACUUGUACAUAAGAAUGACAGUGGACAGUUAUACGCAUAAUAUAUUAAAUCAUUCCUAUAUGUUUGUGUUUAGUUUUAACAAACCUCAUUGUGAAGAUGUUUAUUUUCAUUUGUUUGUUUGUUUACCAGAAGUGCAGCUGAAAUCA